AUGUCGAAGGCCGAGAUUUCCAAUGCGCAACCUCGUUUUGGGGAGAUGUCAUCUAAGUUAAUAAUUAUUUUUGGAACAUGCACAGCUUUUGCUUUAGGCAACGAGCUUCCAGUACCUGAUAAGGAGACUGAAAAAGCCAUUGGUUGUUAUUAUUCUAGCGGAGCAGAAAGGUUUCCGCCACCGGAAGAUAGUUUACGCAUAGAAAACAUCGAUCCGUUUCUUUGCACUCAUUUGUAUUACAAUUUUGUUGGACUUAAUGCGGAUGCUACUGUUAGAAUCUUAGAUCCAGGCUAUGAUUUACAUGCAAUGAAAAGGUUCAACGAUCUUCGAAAAAAGAAUCCAAACCUGAAAACUUUAGUCACCAUGGGAGGAUCGCAAAUUAUGUCUGGGAAUUAUACUACAGUAGUGAAUGAUCCACUUCUGCGAGAACAACUUGCCGACAAUGUUGUCGAAUUCGUGAAAAAAUACGACUUCAAUGGAAUCGAUAUAUAUUGGGAAUAUCCGGCUCAAAGUUUUAGAGAUCAAGUUGGAGUUCCAUCGGAUAAGCAGAACUUUGUUUUACUUUUGAAGCAAAUCAGAAAAGAAUUUGAUAAAGAAGGUUUUAUUUUAACAGCAGCAUGUGGUGCUAGUGAAGUAAACCCUGAUGUAUCAUACGAUAUUAAAGGAAUAUCAAAAUACGUGCACUACAUAAAUUUGAUGACUUUCGAUUUUCACGGAACCGUUGAUGCGGAUAUGAAAGUUGGUCAUAAUACUCCACUGUUUGCUUCGCCACAGGAGGAUGAGGACGCCAGCAAAUUAAACGUUAAUUAUGUUGUGAACUACUGGCUUGCGAGAGGUGCUCCUGCAGAGAAGAUAGUACUAGGAACUGCUUUUUACGGAAUUUCUUUUACUUUGGCCGAUAAAAAUCAAGUUGGUAGAGGUGCACCAUUUGUUCAUAUAGGAGGUAUGGUACCAGCGUAUUAUGAAAUUUGCUCAUUGAAGGCAGAUGGAGGCUGGAAGCGUAUCUUUGACGCAGAACAGCAAGUGCCAUAUAUCGUCAAAGGGGAUCAAAUUAUUGCCUAUGAUGAUGCUGAGUCUAUUGCGGUGAAGGCUGAAUAUGUAAUGAAAAAGCAUCUUGGCGGUUGUCUGAUGUGGACUCUGGAUCAAGGUGAUUUCGAUGGAAGAUGUGGAGAAAAAUUCCCACUUCUGAAAACUUUGAACCGAAUCCUCAGAAACAACACGGGGAAAACUGGAAGUGAAAAAUUGGAUCUUUAG